AUGCGCUCAUUGGCUAUCAAUCGCUAUGCUUUGCCGUCUACAGCAUGUGUUUACUUGGCAGCCGGUGAUGCUGAAGGUGAGAAUGAGAGCGAUUUAUUUGUCUGCGUUGGUAUCACUGCCAUGCUUCCGUGUCCGAUUGAUAUGGCGCACAAGAAACCCAUCGAAUUGUGCUCUUUCCGGUCCCUCCAUAAUUCAGAAAGUCUUAUUAACUUGAUACCCACUUUUCUGCCUCCAUUCAUCACUUCAUUCAUCCAAAUGUUUCUUCCUUUCUUCCUUUCACCACACAGCGAUAUCCAAGUGAACAACGUUGCACGACUUUUCUUCACGUCAUUAAGGGCUUGUGCUUCAAUGAACGUGGACGUGCAGGUCUACAUGCUGAUGCUUAGUCCAAUGUCGUCCACCUAA